ACUUUUGAUCGCAGGGAUCACCUGACAAGCAUCCGGCACGAAGGAUUGGCUGCCUUGAUGUUAGACCCAAUAAUAAACGGAUACCAUCUCACACGAGUCCUUAUGGACGGCGGAAGUAGUCUUAAUCUGAUAUAUCAGGACACAGUCCGCAAAAUUGGGAUAGACCCCACAAAAAUCAGCCACAGUAAUACUACCUUCAAGGGAGUAAUACCAGGCCUAGAGGCCCACUGCAUGGGCUCUCUAAUACUAGAGUUUGUAUUUGGUUCUCCCGACAACUUCCGAAGCAAAAAGUUAACCUUCAACAUCGCUCCAUUCCGAAGUGGCUAUCAAGCACUACUCGGAAGAGCAGCUUUUGCUCGUUUUAAUGCAGUACCGCAUUACGCUUCUCUCAAGCUUAAGAUGCCCAGUCCACGUGGCAUCAUCACAAUUAGCGGAAAGUCAAGACCGCGGACACGGCUAGACGAG